AUGAGAUUGUGCCUUCUUGUGCUGGGCUGCGUGAUAGCUGCCAGCGCCUGGCCGGUCGACCAACUUUCGGUUCGAGAUCAUGGCAUCAAUGGAUGGUUUGUCCCUCAAAGGGAAGGUGGCCUAAGAUGGAUUGGUAAAGCGGAGGCGGAGCGCCAGUUGGAAUACUACGAGGCUCAGGAGGCGUUGGAAGGUCGUCUGUCCACCAACACGGUUAACUUCUACCUCUACACGCUGCAGAAUCCUAGCACUGGACAGCAGAUCAAGGCUACCCAAGCCUCCAUCGAUGGCUCAUUUUUCAAUCCCAAAAAUCCAACUAGAAUCACCAUUCACGGUUGGAACUCAAACUACAAGGAUGGGGUGAACACCAGGAUAGCCGAUGCCUGGUUCCAGUACGGCGACUACAACAUGAUUGCAGUAGACUGGUUCCGUGGGCGUUCCUUGGAGUACGCUACCUCUGUGGCCGGAGCCCCAGGAGCUGGAAAGAAAAUAGCCGCACUUGUGGACUUCCUAGUGGAGGGAUACGGCAUGAGCCUGGACACUCUGGAAAUUGUGGGCUUCAGUUUGGGCGCUCACGUUGCAGGACACACCGCCAAGCAGGUGAACUCUGGCAAGGUGGGAAAAAUCGUGGGCUUGGAUCCUGCCUCUCCCCUCAUCAGCUACUCAAAGACCGAAAAGCGUCUGUCCAGCGAUGAUGCAUUGUAUGUGGAGUCAAUCCAGACAAACGGUGCCAUUUUGGGCUUCGGCCAGCCAAUCGGAAAAGCUGCUUUCUACAUGAACGGCGGUAGAUCACAGCCUGGUUGUGGUAUCGAUAUAACCGGCAGUUGCUCACACACAAGAGCUGUUCUGUAUUACGUGGAGGCGCUGCUGUGGAACAACUUUCCUUCGAUGAAGUGCGAAUCCACCGCGGACGCCAACAAGAACAACUGUGGCAAUACAUACAGUUCAGUCUUGAUGGGUGCUACCAUAAACUUCUUUGUCGCAGAAGGUAUCUUCUACGUGCCGGUAAACAAGGAAUCCCCUUACGGACUUGGAGAAGUGAACAAUGGCGGAGAGUCUACAACAGCUGCUCCUGAAGUUACUUCUACUACUGAUAAUGGUGAAGAUGAGUCGACGACCGUCGUCUCCACAUCGACGACAACGGGUAAGCCAGGGGAGUCCACAACCGAAGAACCCGAAGAGGAUUCCACAACAAACAAAAAGCCCGAAGAAUCCUCUACUACAACCGAACAGCCCGAAGACUCGACUACUACAAGCGGAGAACCAGAAGAUUCAACUACGGAAGCCCCAGAAGAAACGACCACAGAAGAGCCCGAAGAGACCUCUACAUCACCAAGUGAUACUGAGGAUUCAACAACGGAGGAGCCUGAAGAAGAAACAACCACCGAGAACCCCGAAGAAACCUCUACAUCACCCAGUGAUAUUGAGGAUUCAACAACUGAAGAGCCCGAAGAAGAUACUACUACACCCAAGGAAUCCGAGGAGUCCACCACUACAAGUCCUGAGGAUGAUGAUACUACGUCAGCACCUGGCGAAGAUGAUGAUACUACCGUAGCUCCAGAAGAUGACGAAGAGGAAACAACCACCGAGGAUUCUGAGGAUUCAACAACUGAAGAGCCCGAAGAAGUUUCUACUACACCGAAAGAUUCCGAGGAGUCGACCACUACUACGUCAGCACCUGGCGAUGAUGAUGAUUCAACAACCGAGGAGCCCGAGGAAGAUACUACAACGACCAAGAAGCCAGUUGAACCCUCAACUACAACCGAAGAACCUGAGGAUUCGACUACUGAAGUUCCCGAGGAGUCUACAACAGAAGAACCCGAUAAGAAUACCACAUUAACGGAAGAGCCAGAAGACACAUCUACAACAAACGCAGAACCGGAAGUAUCGACAACCGUUGAACCGGAUGUUGAUAGUACUGUUGAUCCAGAAGGUGACAAGUCGACAACGGAGGUCCUCGAGGAUGUAUCCACAACCCCUGUUCCCACUGAGCUUCCUUCGACAACGGGUGUUCCUCCUGAAGUUCCCAUCACCACCCUGGCUCCAGAAGUUCCCUCAACACCACCACCGAAAGAUGGAAAUACCAAGAACAUCUUCAUUUUUAACGUGUUUUUGGUGAAUGUUAAGAUAGAAAACAAAAGUUGAAAGUGAGGCAAUGGUUCUUACUUAGUUUCCCGCCCAUUUGGCGAAGAGAAAAUAACAAUAAAAUUCAAAUAAUACUGCAAGUCCAUUAUUAAACGUUUAGUUAGUUUGUUUUUUCCUAUUCAA